UCAUAAUUAAAAAGUAGAGGACUAAAAAGCGAGGAGGAAUUGAAUUCCUUCCCAACCCUCGAGAAGAACAUGCAUGAAGGGAGCAAGCUUUAGAAGAGACAAGUUUUGCUUUUCAUUCCUUUUAAUUAUUCCCAUCUCUCUCUAUUCUUAGGAUUUUGUCUCUUCGGAGUGUCAGUGGAGGACGAACCAAGAAAGAAAGAAAGAUCCUCUGUGGGAUGAACAAAAGAGGAAAUUAAACAAGGAAAUGACUCAAUGCGAUGAUGACCAAAUAAUCAUUGCUGCAAAAUGCAAAGAUAAUCUCAUAAGAGCUUGUCCUUCAUGUGGUCAUCAGAUCAAAUGCCAAGAUAAGCAGACUGGACUUCAUGAUUUGCCGGGGCUACCUGCUGGUGUGAAGUUUGAUCCAACUGAUCAAGAAAUUCUUGAACAUUUGGAGGGGAAGGUGCAGUCUGAUGCUUGUGCUCACCCUCUCAUCGACGAGUUCAUCCCUACAAUUGAAGGAGAGAAUGGUAUUUGUUACACCCACCCAGAGAAGUUGCCAGGAGUAAGCAAAGAUGGCCUAGUCCGCCACUUCUUUCACCGACCUUCCAAAGCGUACACGACCGGAACUCGGAAACGGAGAAAGGUGCACACGGACAUGGAAGGCGGCGAGACCCGCUGGCACAAAACAGGCAAGACUCGGCCAAUUUCGGUCGGCGGCAAUGUGAAAGGGUUCAAAAAGAUACUUGUGCUCUACACCAACUAUGGGAAGCAAAGAAAGCCUGAAAAGACAAAUUGGGUGAUGCACCAAUACCACAAAGGGAAUAAUGAAGAAGAGAAAGAUGGAGAAUUAGUGGUCUCAAAAGUUUUCUACCAAACCCAACCAAGACAAUGUGGUUCCUUCAUUAAGGACUCACUUUCUUCAAAACUAAAGGGACAAAAUGGGCAUGAGGGUGGCCUUAGAAACAAUGCACUUUUUGAGUACUAUAAUUCAUCUUUGAUAUCCUUUGAUCAGGGCAGCCAAAAUAGGGGAAGCAGUACUCCUCAACUACUUUCUCAUUUUGCAGUCCAUGAUGGGUCUUCUUUUGUUUCUUGAAAGAAAGCUCAAUGGAAAGAGCUUGAUGGCAAUUAAGAAGAGGAGGCAUGGCAAAUGAUGCUUCCAUCUUUUAUAUAUAUAUAUAUAUGCAGUGAUACAGUAAUCUACCUUAUAUAUUUCUAAUAUCUUUAGGAGGACAAGGAAGUGGGGGAAUAAGCAGGACAAUAUCAUGUAAUAUUGCUGAAGAUUAGGCUAUAGUUCUCUCUCUCUCUCGUGUCAGAAAAUGUACAUUCAAAGGGGUAAUUACCUCUUGAUGCCAGUGCUGACUUUAGUCGAAUGGAUUUUUA